GUGAAGUGUAAAUCCAUAGUACUUCAUUAUUAAUAAAACACCAUGGUUGCCAGGAUUACUCUCCUCAUUUGUGCUUAUGUUAUGAUUCUAGCAACCAAGACAACUGCCACAGAAGAAGUACCUAAAACCAGCAUCACAACAGCACAAACAACAACCACAACCAAGACAACUGCCACAGAAGAAGUACCUAAAACCAGCAUCACAACAGCACAAACAACAACCACAACCAAGACAACUGCCACAGAAGAAGUACUUAAAACCAGUAUUACAACAGCACAAACAACAACCACAACCAGUACAUCUGCUACAAAAAGCACAUCUACCACACCAGCACCAUCUAAAAAUUCAACCAAUUCACCUGCUUUUGAAAUCCAAUCAACAACCAAUUCAUCUGCUUCUGAAAGCCAAUCUACAACCAAUUCAUCUGCUUCUGAAAGCCAAUCUACAACCAGUUCCACAUCAGCACCAUCAGUAAACUCAAGCACCCAAUCUACUACAGGUGACAAAAAUGUUGCAAAUACCACAACACUGGCACAAUCUUCAACUGGCUCACAGACUGAAGGAAAUAAGAAGAUGACGACACAGGCUGUUAGCACCUCAGCAACCGGACCCAAUAAUACAUUUCAUGACAAGUCAGAUAAAGGAAAGCAAGAUGGUUCUGGUGUUCAGGACAACAAGUCAGAAAAAGGAGAUUCCGAUAAAAGAUAUCUUUGGAUACUUUUGGUUUUGUUGGUUGCUGUUUUGGCUGGUUUGAUAUACCUUAGGUUCAAGUGUUUUAAAGUCCAACAUUAUCAAGGAACAAUGGACAGUGGAACUGAAAAUGCUUCGUUCCAAAGGACAGAGAGUAACAAAGAUGGGGUCAUGCUUCUGGGAGUGAAAUCAGGUGGAGAGGAGAAUGCUGCAGCGAAAUAAGCUGGUUGGAGAUGGAAGAUGAUCCAAAAGAAUCCGAAGCUCAUAAAAUCAAGACUACUCGCUUCAAUGAUGUUCCACUGGAAUGAAAUGAAAUGGAGCAUACAUUUUGCAUUUUAUUUGUAUUUAAACAGCAGAUUGGAAGCCUGAAGUCAUAUAAAUAGUACUGUAUAUAAAAUGUUUUUCAAGCAACAUGAGUAAAUUUUUUCAUACCAUUAUGCCAUUGCUGGAAGGUUAUGUUAUACAUUGUAUAUAAGAAUUUUUAUGGUGCAUACAAAUUCUGUUUCUUUGUUAUCUUAUUAUGUGUCAAGAUUACAAAGUUUUUUAAAGCCAACUGAUAUUGCCUGUUAAUACAAAAACUGAGAACUGUUGCUUUUGAAACAUUUUGCUUAUCCCAAAUUCAAUUAGAAAUUAGAAAUUUUAAGUUGUUUUAAGUUGUUGUUGGUAGUGGUAUUUUUGUCUUUUAUAUUUUGGGUAAAACUUUCAUUCUAAGCCUUUGUGCAGUACAUGAGAAUCUGUCUAAACACUGAAUUCACAAAUAAAAGGACUUGUUAAACACA